UGGUGCUGUUAUUGCCCAGGCUUCACUCACCAGGUUUUGCACACUUCAGGGAUUGCCAGCACUGCUGAUCUGAAUUGCCUUAAAGCAUCUUGGGUUUUGAGUCCUGGCUCUCAAGGUGCUGCCUUGGUUUCCUACCCUGCCUCUCCCAACAGCCACAUCCUGGAUCCCCUCAGAGCAAUAAAGCAUCGGAACAUGGAGAGCUCUUGGGCAAGUCUGGGGCACCUCACUGCCGCUGGGAUGAGAGCCCGUGUUUACUGCAAAGACUUUCUGUUCCCAAAGGUGCACAGAAGCAUGGCAGACCUGUGGUGGAUUUACUCCAAACCUGUCCCAGCAGAUGGCAGAGAGCUAUGGACCUUGUUUCUGCAGUGUUCCUGCAUUACAGCAGUGAUAGGAGGCCUCUUUUACAACUGGAUGUUUGCUUCCCUGGAGUACUCCUGGCACCUCUCCGUUGCCAUGGCCAUCUCCUUCAGUCUGCUGCUCCUCCUGACUCUCCUUUUGGUGCAUCCUGCCCGUUGUGUCUUCAGCAUGAUCAUGCCCACUUUAGGCACCAAGCAGGGCCGGAAGCUUCUCUUCUCCACCUGCAUCAUGAUCGCAGUGGUGAACAUAGUGCCCAACAUAAUAGGCAACAUUAAAACCAUACUGCAGGUUAUUAAGUGCAUCUGCAAGAAUUCCUCUGACAGCCUUCUGAACUCAACUGCCCUGCUAGAGAAAGUUUCCUGGGAGUUUGGGGAUGCAAUCCAAGAAACCAUUCAUUCCAUUCAUAAGCCUAUGAAUGGACAUUUUCGCUUUUUGUUGCUUCAGAACAGCUCCUUCAUUUACCAAAAAAUGCACCUUGCUGGUGAAAAAAUUAGCAGAGAGUUCUUGUCUGUUGAGAUUUUGGUCAAAGACUCAAUACGAGUAGCCAACAGACUGGCUGCUGCCUCCUUCAUGCUCUAUCUCUGUUUUGAAUCUGCCUGGUAUUUGAAGAAUUAUCUCACCAACCUCCGCUUUGACAAUUUUUACAUCACCAAGAAGCUGGAGCGUUUAGCCAUGGACAGAAGAGCAGCUCAUCUCCUGGUGGGCUCAUCCAAAAAACUCAUCCGACCAACAGGCUUGAAGCUGUCCUGGGAGGAAGGGAUGCUGUGCCUCGUGCAAGCCAUGCUGGUCACUGUGGCCCUGAUGCUGAUGCUGGUGGUCGUGGCCAUGGACCACUUUGCGUUCAGCGUGGCAGACACAGCGGUGAGAAAGGCAGCUCAGUUCUCUGCAGUGCCCGUCACUCUCAACAUCAAAUACCAGGUUGAAAUAGGGAUCAUGCCCUUUCUAUUCAAAGUUUUUGGGCGUCCUUCUGAAAAAUUACUGCUCGGAGACUUCAACAGGACCUACCACCAUCAUCUGAUCUUGAGCUCUGCCCACUGCAGGAUCAGCCCUCCCACACCUCCCAACCCCUCUGUGCUGCUCGUUGUGGGGCUGCUCUUCUGCAUCCUCUACGCCACCGUGUUCCUGGAAACCUACGCACGCCGCCUGUGCCGGAACAUCGCAGCCUCCUUCUUCCAGAGCUGGGAGGAGAAGAGAGUGCUUUACCUGUACAGGAAACUGUCCAGGAGGCACGGGAAGGAGCAAAACUGUGUGAAGGAUGCUUUGGGAAGUCAGGGAGAUGUCCCUGACACCACAGCAUAGGCUUCUGCCAUAGGAUCACACAUUUAAUUUUCCAGAGUGAGAGAAGUGU